AGUCUAGAUCACCCCAGCAAGACUCAACUCUGCAGCACCCAACCACACAGCAACGCCUUAGCUCGCCAUGGCCCCGACGACCGCCACCGCAGCGCACCACCACCAUGCUGCCAACGGCACGCCGGCGGCCGGCCGCGACCACAUCGUCAUCUUCCCCUUCAUGGCGAAAGGCCACAUGCUCCCGCUGCUCCACUUCGCCGCGGCCCUCGCCGCGCACCACAGGGACCUCCGCGUCAGCCUGCUCACCACCCCGGCCAACCGCGCGUUCGCCGCCGGCCGCCUGCCCCCGUCGGUGCGCCUCGUCGAGCUCCCGUUCCCGUCGCUGCCGCCGCUGCCGGCGGGGGUCGAGUCCACCGACGCGCUCCCGUGCCCGUCCCUGUACCCGACGUUCCUGCGCGCCACGGCGCUCCUGCGGGACGCCUUCGCGGGGUUCCUGGCGUCGCUCCCGUCCCCGCCGCUCGCGCUCGUCUCGGACUUCUUCCUCGGAUUCACGCGCCGCGCCGCGGCCGACGCCGGAGUCCGCCGCGUCGUGUUCCACGGCAUGUCCUGCUUCUCCAUGGCCAUCUGCAAGGCGCUCAUCGUGAACUCGGCGGCGGCCAGCGUCGGACCGGCCGGCGCCCCGUUCCACGUGCCCGGCAUGCCGGAACACGUGGCGAUCACGGCGGACGAGGUCCCCGACGCGGUGGCCAAGUUGGCCGACCCCGGGGACCCCGUGACCCGGUUCCUCAUCGACGACGUCGGCUUCUCGGACGUGCUCAGCUGGGGCGUCCUGGUCAACAGCGUCGCCGCGCUGGACGAGGACUACGUGGCGCCGCUCGAGUCAUUCUACCAGCCCGGCGCCCGCGCCUGGCUCGUGGGCCCGCUGUUCCUCGCUGCCGGCGACACGUCGGAGCUCGAGAAGGAAAAAGACCCCGAGGGCUGUCUUGCCUGGCUCGACGAGAGGGCGGCGCAGCCUGGAUCGGUGAUCUACGUGUCGUUCGGCACGCAGGCCCACAUCACCGACGCGCAGCUCGACGAGAUAGCACACGGGCUAGUGCAGUCCGGCCACCGCUUCCUCUGGGUUGUCAGGUCCGACACGUGGUCGCCGCCGGUGGACGUGGCGCCCAACGGCCGGAUCGUCCGCAGGUGGGUCCCGCAGAGGAGCAUCCUGGCGCACGAGGCAGUGGGAGGGUUCGUGAGCCACUGCGGGUGGAACUCGGUGAUAGAGAGCCUGGCGGCCGGGAAGCCCGUCCUGGCGUGGCCGAUGAUCGCCGAGCAGCACCUGAACGCGAGGCACGUCGCGGACGUCGUCGGUGCCGGCGUCAGGAUCCGCACGAAGGCCGGCGGCAUGGCGGCGGCCGACGUCGUCGGGAGGGCGGAGGUCGAGGAGAAGGUGAGGCAGCUGAUGGACGCCGACGGCGAGGCCGGGAAGAAGAUGCGGGCGAGGGCUGCGUGGGCGCAGCGAGCCGCGAAGUCAGCGGUGAGCGACGGAGGAGCGUCACGUGUCGCGCUGCGGAAGCUCGUGGACGAGCUUCAGAGGACCUACGGUGACAUCGUCAGUGAGGGGAAAAUGUAGCAAGUUGCUCAUUUGAAGUUACAGAAAUCAUGUCAAAAUGCACUUCUUUUAUAAAUUUUUCUGUGUUCUAUCGAUGUUAUCCUCCUCUAGGCACCCUCUGUUCUUGAAUAUGAUCCUGCAGAUACCCUGAUGGAUAAUGCAGAGAUUUUGAAAGUCAGAGGAUUGAAGCCAAGAGAUGUACCACCCACACUUGUACUCUGUGUUUCGACCUCUUCAGAUUAUUCAUUCAUUUGGGUGGUCGCGCAGAUUAAAACAAAUAGAAAGUCAGAGGAAUGGUGCGGAUAAUUAA